AUGUCAGAGAUGGAAAAGGCCUUCCAUAAAUUUGCCAGUUACAGAAGAACAUCCAAAGUGGCCAAUGAUAUGACGGCCAAGAAUUUUUCCAAGAUGUGCCAGGAGUGUGGCUUGGUGGAUGGGAAGGCUGUGAACACGGAUGAUGUGGACAUCGCUUUCAACAAAGUCAGGGUAAAGGGGGCCCGUGCCAUCAACUAUGUUGAGUUCUUGCAGGCCAUGAAGGUUUUGAGCGCAAAGAGGUUCAGCAGCAAACUGCCAGAGGAUGCUUUGCAGGCAACUUUCAAGUUGCUGGAAGGCAAGGAACCAGCCGAUCUGGAACCAGUGAAACCCAUCACGGCUAGUGGGGUGGAGAGACCGACAAACACCAGCAAGCGCUUGGGCUCGGACAAGCAGCAUUUUGAUAAAAGCAGGAAGGACAUGGGGAUUUCCAAACUCUCAGACCUUGCUGAGGGCACCAGCAAUAUUGGGAACGUCGAGGAGCCUGGCACCUGA